UGCUCGUAAGGUUGAUGCGCGCACUCGCAGCCCGUCACACAACGAGACAGACACGCGCCCGGCUCGCUCUCAGGAUGUCCAUCACUAAAAUUCACGCUCGUGAGAUCCUCGACUCCAGAGGAAAUCCCACAGUUGAGGUGGAUCUUUACACAACUAAAGGUCGUUUCAGGGCAGCCGUUCCCAGCGGUGCUUCCACUGGAGUUCAUGAGGCUCUGGAGCUACGAGAUGGAGACAAAACUCGUUACCUGGGCAAAGGUACCCAGAAGGCUGUGGAUCAUGUGAACAAGGAGAUUGCACCCAAACUGCUUGAGAAGAAGUUCAGCGUUGUUGAGCAAGAGAAGAUCGACAAGUUCAUGUUGGAGCUCGAUGGAACUGAGAACAAAUCUAAGUUUGGCGCUAAUGCUAUCCUGGGUGUGAGUCUGGCCGUGUGCAAGGCGGGCGCAGCUGAGAAAGGUGUUCCUCUGUAUCGCCACAUCGCCGAUCUCGCCGGAAAUAAAGACGUCAUCCUCCCUGUGCCGGCAUUUAACGUCAUCAAUGGCGGCUCGCACGCAGGAAAUAAACUGGCCAUGCAAGAGUUCAUGAUCCUGCCUGUGGGAGCCAAAAACUUCCAUGAGGCCAUGAGGAUCGGUGCUGAGGUUUACCACAACCUGAAGAACGUCAUUAAAGCCAAAUACGGCAAAGACGCCACCAAUGUGGGUGACGAGGGCGGCUUUGCUCCAAACAUUCUUGAAAACAAUGAAGCUCUUGAACUGUUGAAGUCCGCCAUCGAGAAGGCCGGAUAUCCUGACAAGAUCAUCAUUGGAAUGGAUGUGGCAGCAUCUGAAUUCUUCAAAGGUGGUAAAUAUGAUCUGGACUUUAAAUCUCCUGAUGACCCAAAACGCCACAUCACUGGAGAGCAGCUGGGUGACCUUUACAAGAGUUUCAUUAAGAACUACCCAGUUCAGUCCAUUGAGGAUCCAUUUGACCAGGAUGAUUGGGAAAACUGGACCAAGUUCACGGGCUCUGUGGACAUCCAGGUGGUUGGAGAUGAUCUGACUGUGACCAAUCCCAAACGUAUCCAGAUGGCUGCUGAGAAGAAGGCCUGCAACUGCCUCCUGCUUAAAGUCAACCAGAUCGGCUCUGUCACCGAGUCUAUCCAGGCCUGUAAACUGGCUCAGUCUAAUGGAUGGGGUGUGAUGGUAAGUCAUCGGUCAGGUGAGACUGAAGACACUUUCAUCGCUGACCUGGUCGUCGGUCUUUGCACAGGACAGAUUAAGACCGGUGCCCCCUGCAGGUCAGAGCGUUUGGCAAAGUACAACCAGCUGAUGAGGAUUGAGGAAGAGCUUGGUGAAAAGGCAAAGUUUGCAGGCAAAGAUUUCCGCCACCCAAAAAUCUGAACGACCUUCCAUGAUAAAUAUUUCAGCACCUUUUUUGGAGAGACAAAUAAAAACUUAUUAAGAGAA